CUUUCAUGUUACUAUAAGAAUAACCUGACUUUUCUUCAGACCUCUAGACGUUUAUGAACAAAGAGAAGGGGGAUACAAAAGCUGUGUAUUUUCCCAAGGGAUUAUUGAGUUUCCAGAAUUCUGAAAUCUUUAAUACAUUAUAUACUGUAAGCUGCUGCUGCUGCUGCUGCUUCUUCUUUGUAGUUUUUGUUCCUGAAAUGGGUGAAAAGUGCAAAUCCCGUUUCUUGUCCCUGGAAGUGGUACUCAUUGUCCUCUUCACGCUAAUGACAAUAAUUGCUUUGAUUCUUCUAGUUCCUCUCUUUGCCCCUAAAAAAAACAAGACUACACACAAAAAAGCUGCUGUUUCUAAAAACUACCACAUCGGUGUUGGUCGAGCUGACUGCACUGGACCAGUUGCAGAAGUCCCUUUGAUGGGCUAUGCCAAUCCAGACCAGCUGGCAGGUGGAAUUCUCUCUCGUCUAUAUAGUCGAGCUUUCAUUGUGGCAGAGCCUGAUGAUUCCAAAAGAGUGGUAUUUGUUAGUGCUGACAUAGGCAUGGUGUCUCAAAGACUUAGGCUGGAGGUAAUCAAGCAAUUGAAGAGUAAAUAUGGGGAGCUAUACAGACAAGACAAUGUUAUACUGAGUGGCACUCACACCCAUUCAGGACCUGCAGGCUAUUUCCAAUAUACUCUCUUUUUGCUAAUUGGCAAGGGGCUUAUCAAACCAUCCCUUAACGCUCUUGUAAAUGGGAUUGUAAAGAGCAUUGAUAUAGCACACGAGAAUAUGAAAGAAGGAAGACUUUUUAUCAAUAAAGGUUUGGUAGAAAAUAGCCAAAUCAACAGAAGUCCUUACUCUUAUCUUCAGAAUCCAGAGUCUGAAAGAAACAGGUAUUCAUCAAACACAGACAAAGAAAUGGUGGUACUGAAGAUGGUAGAUGUAAAUGGACAGGAGCUAGGCCUUCUCAGCUGGUUUGCAAUUCAUCCGGUCAGUUUGAACAACACAAACCUUCUCAUAAGUAGUGACAACGUGGGCUAUGCAUCUUACCUAUUUGAACAAGAGAAGAACAAAGGACUGCUUCCUGGAGAGGGAUCCUUUGUAGCAGCCUUUGCAUCAUCCAAUCUGGGAGAUGUAUCACCCAAUAUCAAAGGCCCACACUGCAUAAACACAGGAGAAUCAUGUGAUAACCCCCACAGUUCCUGUCCAGUAGGUGGGGCUAAAAUGUGCAUGGCUGCAGGUCCUGGCAGUGAUAUGAUUAACAGUUCAAAAAUUAUAGGACAAAAUCUCUAUUUGAAGGCAAAGGAGCUGUAUACUUCAGCUUCCCAGGAGGUAACAGGACCUCUCCAUUCAGCUCACCAGUGGGUGAACAUGAGUGAUGUCACUGUCCAGCUCAAUACCACCCAUACAGGUAAAACAUGUAAACCAGCCUUGGGCUACAGCUUUGCAGCAGGUACUACUGAUGGAGUGGGAUUCUGUGAUUUCACACAAGGUUCACUAGAAGGGCAGCCAUUCUGGGAAACUGUUCGUAACCUGCUGUUUGGAGAGCCAUCCAAUGAAACAAAAGAGUGCCACAAACCUAAGCCAAUCCUUUUAAAUACUGGAGAGAUUUCAUUCCCUUAUGCAUGGCACCCUGAAAUAGUUGAUGUUCAGCUUUUUACCAUUGGGUCCCUCACAAUAGUUGCUUUUCCAGGAGAGCUGACGACAAUGUCUGGACGGAGACUACGGGAAGCUAUUAAAAGUGAAUUUGAAUCCCACGGGACCCAGGGAAUGAAUGUCGUAAUUGCAGGCUUGUGCAAUGUUUAUACCCAUUACAUUACUACUUAUGAAGAAUACCAGGUUCAACGAUAUGAGGCAGCAUCCACCAUUUAUGGGCCACACACUCUCUCUGCUUAUAUUCAGUUGUUCAGGGGACUGGCCAAGGCUAUUGCUACGAAUACAGUUCAGGAUUUGCCAAGUGGUCCAGAACCACCAUUCAUCAACGUAACCAACAUAACUUUGUUACCUGUUGUUCUUGCUGAUGUUGCACCAGUCAGUAAAACAUUUGGGGACGUGUUACAGGAAGUACAACCACAGUACAGAGUGGGAGAAGUCGCUGAAGCAACUUUUGUAGGUGCAAACCCCAGGAAUUCUGCUGAGACCACUACUCACAAAACCUUCCUUACAGUCGAGAAGUAUGAGAACAUUUCAGGAAAUUGGCAUGUAAUGUAUAAUGAUGCCUCCUGGGAUACCAGAUUUUACUGGACCAAAGGAUUUCUUGGUCGCAGCCAGGCCAGAGUAGAAUGGCAUAUUCCAAGUUCUACUGAACCAGGGCUCUACAGAAUACAGUACUUUGGGCACUACAAGGUUCAACCAAUUCUGAAGCCAGCUCAGUUUUAUGCAUUCAAUGGCACAUCUUCAGCAUUUGAAGUUGUAAAAUUGUAGAUACUUUUUCAUUGGGGAAAAAAAAGUUGCUUAAUAGGAAUAGUGUAUAUGUUAUUGAUUUUAUACAAAUAUAUAAUUUGGAAUUGUUGUUAGAGCACCAAUAAUUCAAUGUAGUUCUUGUUCUUUGGAAUGAUUUGAUCUGUUUGAUCUUCAGUCUUCCUUGGCUGAUCUGAUGUGUUUCCAUUCUGGUUGCUCAUGUCCAGCCCUGUUGUUGCAGUGAACUCUCACUUGA